CCGAGUCUAUUAACCUGACGUUAAUGCUACAGUCUGCAUCUCGAACAUUAACGUUAAGUCUCCGUUUUAAACUCACAUGUCAGCUGAACUUGCAUGCAUAAACAGCCAUAGUUUGUGGCUUUAACUUGAAGUUUUAAGCCUUCGUGUCGCCGUUCAAAAGAAAUGUAUAACGGGAAAAUGAUAAUGGAUCAAGUUACUCUGAACGAACUGCAAACCUACAUCACGGUUAUCAGUACACAAGGAGAUAAGUUACCUGAGGGGGAUGGCAUUUUAAAAUUUAGUAAAUUGUUGUUGUUUUGUUGUUGUUUUAUUACUGGUGCGGUCCCUGGAUGUUUUAAUCGUAACAUUAUCCUUGUAGGUUUUUAUAACGUAACAUAAUAUGAUCUUUCAGACAGCUUGGCCAAUAUAAAUGAUUUUUUAGUGUAUAAAACGAGCGAAUUUCACUUAGAUAUUUUCAGGAAUUAUAGACAAGAUGUUAUAUAAUAAUAAUUGAAUGAAAACCCUAUUUUGCCAAAUAAAUGACAAUCGACCUAUUUUUACUAUUUCCUCAAAACGUGCCAGCGCGACAUCCGACGGGUUUUUCCCAGAUCGCAUCACAAAUGAUUGUUCAUAUUGAAAGCUGAGAGGCUUGAAUAUGAUGCAGCUGGUCACAAGAAACAGCCCGCCCUGUAAUCUAUUCUCACUUCCUCACCUGAUUUAUGAGAAAGAGUGCAGCAGCAGCAGCAGGCAGAGGUGAUUAUGUCUUAAGUAAACUGUAGAUUACAUUUUCCACUCUUUUGAUCUGAGAGGAACAUUUUAAUCGAACAAAAUAAGAAAAUUAAAUUACAAGAUUCUGUGGACACGACAUCCAUGAUUAUUCUGCUCUACUUUGUGUGACACAGAUUACCUUCUACAGUUUUCACCAAGUGGACAAUACGUGAUUCUUUGUUGGCUGGACGAAUAUUUAAAAAAAUGGGUCCUGGAGUGAAGGAAGACCAAACAAUGCCAGAAGGAAGAUUGAAAUGUUCCAAACUCAGUAUUAUUUUCUUCUUGCUGAAUGUCAGCAAUUUUGUUGUUCCAGGCACAGGCUUUGCGAUGAGAUCUUGCCGAAUCAGUUACAAUAUCGCCAUAUGUAAGGGUGGGCUCAGAUAUGUUCCUCAGGAUGUUCCUUCAACAGUGAAAGGUUUCGACUUGUCUUCAAACAAAAUUUCUAAAAUACGAGUAUCAGAUUUCAAAAGUCUAUCACUUGUGACACAGAUAGACCUAAGUCGCAACAACAUUUUGCACAUAGAUACAGGUUCCUUUGCUGAUCUGAUUUCCCUCAAGAGGUUAAAUCUAAAUAACAAUAAACUUGUUGAACUUGCAGAUGAUGUUUUUAAGGGUUUGAGCAACCUCACAGAGCUAAGGAUUAUCAGUAAUAAAAUCAAAGUGGUGGCGUCCACCUCUUUUAGGUCCUUGACAAGCUUGAAUUUUUUGGACAUAUCUUACAACAAACUGGACAACUUAACAAAAGUUAAUUCUAUAUUACAGCACCUGCCAAAUCUACGAGUUCUGAUAAUCAAAAACAUCAAUUUAACUACUUUUCAUUCAUGGGAACUGACAAACAGCUCGCUACAACUGACUUCCCUUGAUUUGUCUCAAAAUCCCAUCACAAAAUUUAGUAUCACUGAAGAUGUUUUUCCAAAUCUCACCUGGUUUAAUAUCGGCGGCUACCAGAAACCCAUGACAUGGGAUGUGCGUAACCAGACUUUUCUUAGUCGAGUGUCUUCUCUUGAUAUUAGUGGGCUUCAAGUGACGUUUGAGGACAUGAAAACAUUACUAGAGAGUGUCAACUCCUCUCUGAAUUCUAUAAGAAUGUAUGCAAUGAAAUAUAAACCUACAGCUCUUAUCAACGUUACCUGCACCAUCCCAACAAUGUCCACACUCAAAUUCCGACGUAACAAACUCAGUUUUAUCAGCUCAAAUUUGUUUCAUUUGUGUAUUAAUGUUACAGAGUUAGAUUUAGGGGAUAAUAAAAUUAAAACCAUCAAAGAUGAGGCCUUCAGAUCUAUUAAAGGUUUAAGGAUCUUGACUUUGAGUCGUAACAAACUUCCAACUGUUCCAGCUGCCACAAGAAAUAUACCAACUCUUGCAGAGCUGGAUCUCAGCUCUAAUAACAUCACCAGGCUUGAAUGUUACGAUUUUGCCAAUCUGACAAAGCUCAGACAGCUCAACCUUUAUCUGAAUCAGAUUACAACUCUACAAGAGUGUGUUUUCAAGGAUUUAAAACAAUUGCAAGUUUUAAAGCUUCAGAACAACCAUAUCUCCAAAAUAACCGGCGCUUUCAAAAAAUACUUGCCAAGUCUUAAACAACUUCGUUUGAAUGCAAAUAAAAUCACCACUAUUAAACAUGGGGAAUUUAUGGGCUUGCAGUCCCUCCAGAACUUGUCAUUACAUGACAAUCAAAUACAUACACUUAACAACGGGUGUUUUAUUGGAUUAACAAGUCUUACCGAUAUUCAGCUACAAUCGAAUGACAUAAAAACACAAGAAAUAAACAGUAUUUUCAAUGAUGUGAUUAAUUUAAGAAGAUUAGAUUUGAGGAACAAUCACAUCAAAUAUGAUCAUAGUUCAGCUCUGCCUCAUCCACCAUUUUCUCAGCUGUCCCUUCUGGAGACUUUGGCUAUUCCAGCACAACACAGCAGGGGGAAGGCCCAACUGCCUUGCAACAUCCUGCAAGGUUUGACAAAUCUUUUGGUUUUUAAUACCAGGAACAGUCAACUUUUAUCCUUGCCCAGAGACAUGUUUAACUACACACCUCAACUGCAAACGCUUGACGUUAGCUCAAAUGACCUUGUGGAUUUCUCUCCAGAUAUAUUUCACCCAAUUCAAAACCUUAAAAGCCUCUACAUAUCUAGAACAAGUCUUCGGUCUCUAGAUUUCCUUAAUGAUGCCGGCCUUACUAAGCUGGAGUUUAUGCAGGCGAGAAAGAAUGAAUAUUCAGUUAUCAGUGAGAAAGUAAUGGACUCGCUACCAUCUCUCAUUUAUGUAGACUUUCAAGGCAAUAGUUUCACUUGUGACUGCAAUAACGCCUGGUUCCUCCAGUGGAUUGAAAACAACAAACAAACACAAGUUUUUGACGCUUACAGAUUUGAGUGCAACUAUCCUACAAAGCUAAAAGGAACAAAACUGUUGGACUUUGACAUCCAGUUCUGCACAGUGCGCACCGAAUUCAUCUGCUUUGUAUCCACCACAUGUAUAACCAUCCUGUUUAUGGUGGCGUCCUUUACGUACCAUUUCCUGAGGUGGCAGCUGGCUUAUGCCUACUACUACUUCUUGGCUUUGCUGUUGGACACAAAGAAUAAAAACAAGCAAGCUCCUUAUCAUUAUGACGCUUUCAUCUCCUACAACACCCAUGAUGAACCAUGGGUCAUCAGAGAGCUGUUGCCAAAACUGGAAGGAGAGCAGGGGUGGAGAUUGUGUCUGCACCAUCGAGACUUCGAGCCAGGUAGAGCCAUCAUAGACAACAUUACAGAUGCCAUAUAUGGAAGCAGGAAGACCAUCUGUGUGAUCAGUCGCAAAUACCUUGAGAGUGAGUGGUGCUCCAAAGAGAUCCAGGUGGCCAGCUUCCGUCUGUUCGAUGAGCGGAAGGACGUGUUGAUCCUGGUGUUUCUGGAGGACAUUUCCACCUUUGAGCUGUCUCCUUACCACCGCAUGAGGAGGCUGCUGAAGAGGUGGACCUACCUGAGCUGGCCGCAAGCCGAGGAGCACACUGAGCUGUUCUGGGAGAAACUCCGCCAGGCUCUGACGACCACAGAAGAUCACGCUGAGGACAGGUUCCUCCUCACUGUUAUGGACAGACCGUGAAAUACAAUCUCUAUGUGUCAGGUUUACAGCCUCCGGGCCUGUAAAGCAGCUCACACUAGAGAUCAAGCUGUGAAUAUUUUUUCAGUUUUGAAAGACUAAUGAGGAUGUGAGCUCGGCCUUUGACUUCUCUGAUUAGUACCGUUAAAAAUAAUCUGCUCACUCUGUUCAAAACAAGUAAAACAUCUCUCUGUGGGUCUCCAUACUUCCCAGUUGAGUUUAGAGAAGUCUCCGAUUUUUUUUUUUUUAAAACAGUGAAAUGGAAAGUUAUAUAACCAGUCUUUUAAUCAGCACUUUUUCCCUCAUAGACAACUGCCACAAUGUCAUGAUAUAUAGGGACCUGUUCAUUAUUUAGAAAUUAAUGAGAUAACAAACUAUAUAAUCAAAAAACAAACAAAUGAAUGGGAGGAAUAUGUGCUAUAAAAACAAAGGUGUGUAGGGUGAGGAGAUCACACACAUUAGCUGCAGCUCUGGCUUUAUGCAUGGAGCGCACCGGGCCCAGCUAUGCCCCAUGCCACUGAUUAAGCCUCCUAUUUAUGUCUCUAGCUCUGGAGAAAGAUAGUUGUGUCACUAUUUUGACUGACUGUCUUCUUAUAGUUUGAGCUGGAACAAGAUGAUACGGAUUAUAUAUGAUACAAUCAGUAUCAGUUGAUUUUAACGAUGGAAAACUUUGUGAUAAGGGGCUUUAAAUCAUUUAAUUUUACUUGCAUUUCUAUUAUUUAAAAUUAUUUUGAUUUGCCACUUAAAAAAAAAAAACAUGCUCUUUGGGUUUGGGUUAAACACUCUUUGCCUUGUCUAGAAAUUUCAAAGCGCUUUUUUUCAUGCAGUUGAAAUUCUUUUUACUGACUGACUUACUGAGUAAUCACUGUAAAGUACGAUAAAAUCUUGAAGAUCGCAAGAUAUGAUAUAUAAUUUCUAUAUAUAUAUAUAUAUAUAUAGAUAAAAUCAAAUGUUCAAGUAAUAAAUUCAAGUAUAAAAUGUCAGACCUUAAAAUAAAAGUACAAAACGACCUGUGUGGACAUGGUGAAUGUAGUGAAAUCCAUAGACACAUGACACAUGUAUAAUUAAACAUCUGUUUUAAUCCGUUCUUUUAAAUAGCAAUUACACUCAUUUAUGAAGACAGUGUUUCAUACUCAUUCUCUCUGACCAAAAAAUCAGAACUUGGUAAACAUCAACACAACAUUUCAAAAAAUAUUAGAAGAUUUUGAAAACAUUGUUUUCUAUUUUUUUGACGCACUGUAGCUACAGCUUACUGUUAUGUAUUAAGAAUACUACUAAUGUCCCUGUUCAUAAUAUAGAACAAAUAUAAGAAGAAUUCAAAUGACAUGAUUGCUCAUGUUGCUGGAAUUUGAUUAAAUAAAGAUUUUGGUGUA